AUGGAAUCCAGAGAAAUCUCCAAUACUCAGCCAACAUCCUCUCCUACACCUAGCAGACAAAUGCAGCAAAGAGCAGGCAAGAAAAUACACCACUGUUCAGACUGUGGGAAGAGUUUUAAAUAUCAGAGUCAUCUACAACACCACCAGCGGGUUCACACUGGAGAGAAACCGUAUCACUGCUCAGAGUGUGGAAAGAGUUUUACUGCACAGGGCACUUUAAAUAGACACCAGCGCAUUCACACUGGAAAAAAAACAUGUCACUGCUCAGACCGUGGUAAGAGUUUUACCACACAGGGUAUUAUCGAAGCACAACAGUGCAUUCACACAGGAGUGAAACCAUAUUCCUGUUCAGAGUGUGGAAAGAGUUACACUAGGCAGAGUAGUGUCACCAGACACCAGGUCAUUCACACUGGAGUAAAACUGUAUAACUGCUCAGACUGUGGAAAGAGUUUUACUAAAAAGCGUGAGUUCCAAAGACACCAGUGCAUUCACUCUGGAGUGAAACUAUAUUACUGUUUAGAGUGUGGAAAGAGUUUCACUAGACAGACUUCUCUCAAAAUACACCAGCGCAUUCACACAGGAGUGAAACCGUAUAACUGCUCAGACUGUAAAAAGAGUUUCAGUACAAAGGGUACUCUCAAAAGACACCAGGUCACUCACACAGGAGAGAAACCGUAUUACUGUUCAGACUGUGGAACGAGUUUCACUAGACAGACUUCUCUCAAAACACACCAGCGCAUUCACACAGGAGUGAAACCCUAUUACUGUUCAGACUGUGGAAAGAGGUUUAAUGCACAGGGUGCUCUCAUAAUACACCAGCGCAUUCACACAGGAGUGAAACCGUAUUACUGUUCAGACUGUGGAACGAGUUUCACUAGACAGACUUCUCUCAAAACACACCAGCGCAUUCACACAGGAGUGAAACCCUAUUACUGUUCAGACUGUGGAAAGAGGUUUAAUGCACAGGGUGCUCUCAAAAUACACCAGCGCAUUCACACAGGAGUGAAACCCUAUUAUUGUUUUGACUGUGGAAAGAGGUUUGCUAAAAGGUGUUCUUUCAAAGCGCACCAGAACAUUCACACUGGAGAGAAACUGUAUCAGUGUUCAGUCUGUGGAAGGAGUUUUAGACAGCAGCAAGUUCUCAAGGUACACCAGCGCAUUCACACUGGAGUUAAACCAUAUUACUGUUUAGACUGUGGGAACAGUUUUAGACAACAAGGAGAUCUCAAAAAACAUCAACACAUCCACACUAGAGUGUAAGCGUAUCGCUGCUCGGAGAGAAAAGCUUCAGACAUUCAUAUAAAUUUCAUGAGACGCAAGUGCAUUAAGAGUAUUCAAGACAUUUAGGCCCAAUCCCAUUUCACGUGCAUGCCAAGGGGUAGGGGUGUCUCGAUUCUUGUUAGGCUGGAGGUGUAGCCGGAUGGGAUAGGGCUUGUUAGCCCUUCAUAGAGCUGGGCGAUUUUCACAAUUAAAUUGAAUUGCAGUUUAAAUGCGAUUUUUAUAAAUGGAUUAAUUUUACAUACAGACAUUUUAUCUUUUUAAUCUAAAAUAUCAGAAAACGCUACUCAUUUCUAAAGUGUUUGUCCAUCUUAACUUGGUUACCUGCGACUCCCACAGACAAACGCGCAUAUUUUCUGUUUGUCUGAGGACUGUGUUAAAAGUGCUGGAAUAGUGCUGGAUUGUUUUUCGGUAUGAGCUCAAACACCCAGUAGGAUCAAGCAUAUAUUUAGCUAGACACAAACAAUUUUCAGUCACAAACCCGCAUUCUGAAGUGUAACUACAGUGUCUGUCAGUGUGUGAGUUUCUCCUGGGCUGUUUGUGUACAUGAGGUUAGUGCAUGAUAGGAACGCAUGGGCUUUUAAACAGUGUUUUGAAUCAUUGAUUCAUUCAAUAAUUCACUCAAAGCAACCAAACAACACAUUUUUUAUUAUUAUUAUUUUUAAACCUAAUUUUGAACCAUUUAUUGGUCAUCUGUAGUUAGAUUUUUCAUAGGGGGUAAAAUAAUCUAUUACGAUCUAAUUCUUCAUAACAAGCAUAACAAAGAUUGCUAGUAGUUUGUCUUAGUAGCUAGCUAGCCAUUUUUUCGUUCCACCUUAAAUGGUGCAGAAGACGCAGCAUUUAAGGUGGAAUGAAAAAAUAAAAUAAAAGCUUAUUAAAGCUAAUCUCAGUUAACUUGACUAGUUAACCAGCAGCAGCAGCUAGGUUACUGAACUUUAGUGCUCCUGAUGACAAAUCGAGUGCUUGAAGGGUUUCCCAAUUCUUUAGGGGGAGGAUUUUACCCCUUCCUCUUCUAACUCUGUUCUAAGAGGAAGGGGUGAAAUUGGAUUGGGCCUUAUCCUCAGAUAUUUAGCAAAGUCAUGAAAACUACGAAUGAAAUUGAAAAGUAGAGUCCAUUCUAUCCAGCAACAGCUUGAGAAGACAGAGCUGAUUGUGAAAAUGAGUCUUUUUAAAAUUAUUUUAUGAAUAUCAUGAUGUGGUUUCAUUGCAGUUUGUGAUUUUAUUUUGUGUUAUUCCUUGUACAUUAUUUUAAAUAAAGAUUUGUGUGAUUCUAAAUUGUUUUUCAUUUUUGUUUUCAAUUCAAUUAUUUUUUUUUACACAGCUAAUGUCACAAAGCAGCUUUACAGAAAUCCAGAGGCAGAGAGUGACAAUGACAAUACAUUUACUGGUGUUAAAUAUAUAUUACAACUGUUUAAAUAUAAACUGUUGAACACUGACAGAUUUACUGUGUACAGUUUGUGAUGUUUUCUCCGUUCCAAUUAAAAGUACAAGAAUUAUGCAUAUUAUUUAAGAUGACCAUAUGGAGAUAUUUUCAAACAGAAGAUGCUUUACAGUUUGUUGGGUUUGUGUGUUUUAAGAAA